AUGCUGAUGUUGAACGCGCUGCAGAAGGGCGCGGCACUGCCCGCGAAGCUGCCGCCCGCGUACGAAGAGCUCUUGGGAGAAGGCAAGAAGAGUCGCGGCAAGAAGCCAUCGCCGAAGGUUCCGAAAGACGUCGACGAGAGCGAGGAGGAGGGAGACGAAGAGGAAGAGGAAGAAGAGGAAGAUGAUACGUGGGUGCUGGACAAGAAGACGCACAACCAGCUGCGAAAGAUGUUCCGAAACCUUAGCGAGGACGAGGAUCUCAUGGCCAACGCCGUGGCUCUCAAGGAGUUCAAGCGGUCGAGAGUCGACGAUCAGGGCAUUAAGAGAGUGAUGAGGCUGGUGCCGCGCGGACAGAAGGAAGGUGUAACAGAAGGCCAGUUCAUUGUGAUCAUGUUCUUGCUUAGACAAGUUAAGGGAGGCGCAGAGCUGCCUUCUUCUCUUCCAGCCUCGCUGAAGAAGAUCCUGUAG